UCUAGUUCAGGGAUAUUAUUACCGUUGCGUCACCUUAGACAAGAUCUUCGGAUUUAUUUGCGCAACAAUUAUUAAUUUCCCUGAAGAGUAAUUUUUUCGCCGGCCUAGGACAGAAAGGGCUCUCAGUCCUGUGGAGGCAAACUGUCUGUGAGUGUUCAUGAUAAAAACACACACACACAUCGUGAUAUGAUUUUAAAAAAUUUCCUAUGGGAAGCAGGCUCGAUAGACCGCAAAUUUUUUAUUGCUUUUUAUUAGCUGUAAGUGUAUUUAUAAUGUUAUGAUACCUGAACCGUGGAGUUCAGUAAGAGACAUGAAGUCAAUUGGGAUCAUAUUUGUAGAAGAGGAUUUUAUAUGGUCGACCUUAACUCCCAGAAAUAGCAACCAAAUUUAUCUCAGGUCACAUCCUGUUUUAGAAAAAUAAAGAAAAAGGAGAGACACGGAUCAUGUACUAAGAAUCUUCUAAAGCGAUGGAAUGGUCCCUGUUGGAGUGUCUUUGAUCAUAAGCCUGCUCGAUCAGGGUUGACCUGGGGUUAAUAAACACCAGGAUACUUGGAUGCCUUUAACGGAGUUCGUUCAGACCAGACUGCGGUCACGAUUUUUCAACAGAUGUUCAGACUGGACGUCGGUCACAACAAUCUCACCGCUUUCUGAGGGUAUGGCAAAGGUUAAGGGCAUUGCCUCUACUCCCUUAACAUAGAAAAAAAAAAAAAAAAGCAUCUCAUUCUAAAAAAAGGAUUUAAAAAAAAAUGUAACUAUAUAAAAUAUAUUUAAAUCACAAGUCUCUGAUGUUGUACCAGCUUUGUUUUGCUACGAAGGAAAGGUAAAUAAAACGGAUAUCUGCAAAAGUAAAAAUAAAUGAUAAAACAUUCGUCUAUAUGAAGCGAGUAAAUAAACAUUUCUAUAGAAUAAUAUCAAUACAUAUGUAACCCCACUUCUGCUCAUCAUCCGCCACUAAAGAAAUUAUUCUAUUUCUACUUCACAGAAACUGCAACAAGAACUUCGCAGUUGUAGCUAUUUCCUUUCCCUGACACCUUUUCUUAGACGGAGAAUUAACGCUACACAGUUUUAUCGUCUUCGUCUCCCCUUAAUGAAAUCAUCAAUGUUUUUUUUUUUACUUAAGAAAACCGGUUUUCUUUCACAGCCACCACCUCACAUGCUGUUAGGGUCCUUUUUCAAAAACAGAAAAAAAUACUCGCUACCAAAAAACGUCCAAGACCGAUCGUUUUAUUUUAUUUAUUUAUUUUUGUUCAUUUUAUUACUUGUGCAGCUAAUACACUCGAUAAUAAACACGAAUGCUAUCGGCAAUACUCCUUUAAUGGUCUGUUAUUAAACAGGCCCAAAAGAUAAACCUGUUACGUAUUUGUCAAAAAGCAGGCUGUGACAGCUUUUGUGACUUGCCGAAAAGUGGGACGAUUCCUGUUCAUCGGCUCCAUUUCAUUUACCACGUGCUCUGCCGUGUGUUUCAGCAGUCGUCAACUUAUGGCAGGAAAUUCCCUUUAAACUUCCAAACAACAUGGGCAAAGCAAAACAGAAAUUAAAGAAGAAAAAAAAUGAAGAUUUUAAAAAGAGAAAAGUCAAAGUUGGCAAAAAGCUGCCGAAAAAGGAUAAUUUUACAGACACCAGCUUUAAAACCAGAACCAUUCAAGUGCUGCAACAUAUUCGUACCAAAGAUCCAUCUUUACCAACUACAAAACGUAAUUUAAGUAUUAAGGAUUUGAUGAGCCAGUGUCAACAUUACAACUCUACAAUCCGCAGAGAUGGCGUGAAUGGAUUACGAGAAUUGUUGGUUGAUUAUCCCGAACUUCUGUCUGAAAACCUAUCACAAAUUAUGCAGAAGAUAGCUGAACUAUUCAUUGAUAAAGAGAGUAAUGUCCGCCAGGCCAACUUACAUCUGCUUAAGUCCAUCUUACCAUUUGUCAGUGAAAACGUACUCAGUCCUUUCUUUCCUCUGUUAAGUGCCCAUCUGUGUUGUGCCAUGACUCACAUUGAUGAAGCCCGUCAGCAACACUCAUUGUCAAUUCUUGAUCUGCUUCUACAUCAUUAUCCAAAGCAGCUUAUCCAAAAUUCAUGCCAGCUGUUACCAAACUUUUUACAGCAGAUUUCAUUAAUACGCCAGUCCCAUGGUAAAAAAGUUUUAGGUAAAUUAUCCAAGAACAAUUUCAUGGAUUCUAAAUCAACCCGUUCUCUAAGUGCUGACCCCAAUAGCAAAUUAUCUUCCAUCAAAUGGAGGUUGGGUGUUUUGCAGCGUAUCUCUAAAAUGUUAGAAUUAAUAAUUGCAGAAGAUAACCAUACAGUAUCAGGACUUAAUGGUUCAGUGUCCAACUGUUUAACAGCUAAUGGAAUUCAUCCUAAUUCUAGUAAGAAUGGUGUUGUUAUUCAAUGGACUGACUAUGAAGAGGAUCAACGUGUUAUACUUCGACUGAAUGAACUUUAUCAAGUGAGAAAGAAAAACAGUUCAAGUGGUCGUCAUCUGCUUAAGGACAAAUCUUAUGUGCAGCGUUUCAUCAGAACACUAAUUCCUUUGAUUCUGGAAUGCUGGGUAGAAUGCUGUCCUGAAAUAAAAGUGGCCUGUGGUGAGUCUCCUAUUUCCAUAGAGUCACUACCAGUGUUGGCUACUUUGGCUGAGUUAUUAAAACUGAUAUGUCAGUACAUUGACUUAACUAAACAGUUGGAUAACAUAGAAAUGCGUGGUUGGUUAGUGAAAACCUACGGUACUGAGAUGGUUCAGCGAAUUAUGACAGUCUUCCCUUAUAGUACCUACACAAAUGAUGACUUCCAAUUUGUAGAUCAGCCUCACAAUUCCUCACUGAAUAAUGCAAAAGAUGCACAAAAUCUAGCUCUUGAAAAACAGCUUAACCUUGAUGUGUGUUAUGUUCUAAGUUACCUAAUAACAGAUAACCGGAAUUGUAGUGUGGAACUUGUCAACAAAUCUUUGACGCCUUUCCUUCAUUAUAUGGAGAGUUUUCUUCACAAAUAUCAAGUUAAAAAGAAAUACGUACAGUUGUUUGUUCAAAUUGUUGUACAGCUUCUGUCAGUGGACGGUAAUAUUAAGAUUCUUCAAUCAUUAAUCAAAUUAAUCAAGGUCAUGCUUCAUUCAUACAACACUGUAAGCUUGUUCUCCAUGGAAAAGGUCAUUUUAACCAAUUUUUUCUUACAUUUGGUGGAGAAACACCAGCAUGAAAUGUUAACUGGCUUGUUUGAGCAGUUUCUGUCAACAUUGCCAGCUUUAUUGGUUCAAAUCAUCAGCCACAGUGCUCAGAUAGAUCAUAUUCCUGCAGCUGUCACCCCAAUUCUGAAGGCUAUCAAGAGAGCAGCUUGCCAGAAGCAAAGUAGCUUACAAGAUCAGCUUCAGAAUGAACUCCUCAACAUUUUUAGUCUCAUACCCCGUGUUAGUGCUGUCUUGCAACGAGACAUGCUCGAGAUCGUCUAUCGUCUAGAUCAUUUCACUGACAAGCAGUUAAAUAAGAUAGUGUUACUUAGUCGAAGUCCUGCAGUGUUGAUUGAAAAUAUUGCUUACAUUCUAGAGAUUCUACAACACAGACUGAUUCGAUUAAGUUCUCCUUCUUCAACUGAAGUCAACCAAUAUUUCACUCUCCUUUUCUCUACUGCUUUAGGUCAGAACCAGAAAGAACUUUCAAGUUUGCCUAAUCAAUCUGAUCUAAAUUCACUGCAUUUAUCUGGAGGGAUGCAAGGUACAAGAGUGUUGUUUUCUACUCAGUCUGCACCCACUACACGGCAUUGUCAGAUUGUGAAAGUUGUUUGUUCUCUGCUCACCAGUUGGCCUAAUACAUCUCAGGUUCAGAUUUUCAUGGAUAGGUUACUCUGUGAUCUGUUGGAACGUUAUGCAUUGCUAUCUGAGGAAACUGCUCUCGGUGUAAUAAAUAUCGGUAAUGCAGUUGAUAUACAUAAACUAUACAUGUCGCAAGUAACUAUCUACCUGACCCACUUAUGUCACAACGUCCUACAUCAGCUGAAGUACAUGAACGACACAGAGAACAGCAUCUGGCUGCAUACAAAUCAACGUGAUGAACUUUGGCAUUCUGCCAUCACAUUCCUUAAACUUCCAACACACACUAUAUCUCAGUUGGUGGCUGACAGUAUAUAGCAUUAGCUGUGAUGCAAGACUGAAUUUUAUGAAAUAUCAAUAAUUAUAUUAUUAAAAUAUUUGUUUCAUAUA